AUGCUCGAGGAUGUGCAACAGCUUGUGGAUCCAUCUCGAAAUAUGUCCAAAUAUCGUCAGCAUUUGGCUGAGGUAGCGCAGGAACCACCGGUUAGUGUGAUUCUCAUCCGUUUCACUAUUGUGGUCCCGAUCUAUCCUGUGAUCAAGAAGGACUUAACGUUCUCACACGAGGGGAAUCCGACAUAUUGCGAAAAACUGGUGAACUUCGAAAAAUUGCGACUUAUAGCGAAGUCUGUGCGUGCUGUGAGCAAACUGAGCAGUGCACCAUAUGAGAUCUCUAGUAUGGCAGAACGAGUUUAUGAGCAGGCACUGAUGGUUCGGAAGGUAAAAGCUUACUUGGAUGGACUCAAGGUUGUAGACACUGAGUCGGAACUGGAUCGGCUUAGCUAUGACAUCGAGCCACAGCAAUCUGGUGAAUAA